AUGUCGGCGCCUUACCUCGCGCUCAGCUACGUUUGGGGCUCGGAUGCAUACCACAUCACGCUCAAGUCCAACGUUGACAAGUAUCUGAUCAGGAUCAAGCCCUCCGUUAUACCGAAGACCAUUCGGGAUGCUAUCACCGUCACUCACAAACUAGGGAUGCGUUACCUCUGGGUAGACGCCUUCUGCAUCAUCCAGGACUCCGUCGAGGACAAGAACAACGAGCUUGUCCGGAUGGGCCAAAUAUAUCAUGACGCAUACCUCACUAUCGUCGCCGCCAGCUCGGCACAUGGAAACGCCGGCAUUCUCCAGGACCGUCCUGUACCAGCACACUACGCCACGCACCCCGUUUUGCCCUACCACUGCCGUGACGGUCGCGUUGGGACGGUAUCUGUCUUCACAGACGGGGUCCCUGGUAGUGGAAAUGCACUGCCAAAAGAGCCGGUGGAUUCCCGCGCAUGGUGUUUCCAAGAACGCCUGCUAUCUCCACGCAAGCUCGUCUACGCGACAUACGCCCUCGAGUACCACUGCCAGACGACCUCGGCCCCCGUCAACAACUCGAUCAGGUGGGGUGGCCCCGUGAAGCUGAACAAGCUGCUGUUCGGCAUUUCGGACGACGAGAUUCGCAGCAAGGUCGCGGAUUGGAGUGAGGAAGAUUGGGGCGAGCUCCAGGUCGAGUGGAUGUUCGUCGUCAUGAACUACACCAGCCGAGCCCUCACUCUGAAGACAGACAAGCUCAUCGCAUUCGCGGGCGUCGCGGAACAAUUCAGCCGUGUCUGGCAUGCGAGCGCGGGGAGAUACGUUGCAGGGCUCUGGGAGAAGCACCUUUCGCGCGACCUCUUGUGGUACCGCGAGCCGUUGCAUGAAGAUUGGCGGGAUGGCCCGCUCCGUCCGCGACCCCAGGUUUACCUCGCGCCCUCGUGGUCUUGGGCGUCCGUUGAAGGCCGCUUCCACGUGCAGCCGCCCGUGAUCUGUGACGACGACGACGAUGUGGUGGUCUGCGAUGUGCUCAAAUGCGAUGUGACGCUGAUGGACGAGCGGCAGCUGUACGGGAGGGUCACUGCUGGAGAGCUGGAGAUACGGGCGAUC